UAUGAGCUACGCAUGUAUCAAAGGAAAGCCCUCCUAUUUAGUUACAAUGUUCGCCUCUUUCCGGGUAGAGCGGGAGUUCUUUUUUCUGGCGCGCUGAAAGAUAAUUCCAGUCCCGAAUCGCAAUGGCAGAAAAACCGGUGUGGGAACAAAUCGGCGCUGGCUUCGUGCAACAUUAUUAUCAACAAUUUGACUCAAAUCGAGUUAACCUCGCAGACAUUUAUACCGAUUCCUCUUGUUUGACAUGGGAAGGAGUAGGCUUUCAGGGCAAAAAUGCUAUCAUGGGCAAAAUCAAUAGCCUGCCCUUUAAGACCAUUCAGCACAGCAUCACUGCACAAGACCACCAGCCCACCCCAGACAGCUGCGUUCUCAGCAUGGUUGUGGGACAACUGAAGGCUGAUGAAGACCAGGUGAUGGGCUUUCACCAGAUGUUUCUCCUGAAGAACAUUGACAACAAGUGGAUCUGUUGUAAUGAAGUGUUCAGAUUGUCACUACAUAAUUUUGGUUCGUAAGAUGGUCCGUUGUGCAUUUGCCUUUGAGUACAUUGAUUUAGACUUUUUUCAUACGGUAGUCUUAACAUCAUGAAUCCCUUUUGGUUAUAAGUUGAAUUGUGUAAUUAAAAUUGUGUCUACUUUCUUACCCAAUAAAUACCUGCCUGCUUUUUUGUGAA